GCUGAGCUGAUCGGUGACUAAGCUUAGUUUAAUACGUACACAGAAGUGCCAACGACUUUAGAAUCUGUUUUUUAUAAUUAUAAGCGCAGUCAGUAUAUUGGUAACAAGCGCGGCAAUUUACAAAAACAAGUAGCCAAAACAGUGAUUUUUUCUGAGAUAAAUAAAAUCAACAAUUAUUACAUAAAAAAAUCAUAUGUGUGUUAAUAUCACCGUUUUGUUGUGCAUAAAUAGUUAGUUAGUGAGUUGUAGUCAUUUCUUUGAAACAGCUGUGCAAAAUGUUUAAAAAGAGUGCCAAGAAGGAACCAAAUGACUCCAAAGAAGCUAAAAACAAAGCCCUGGUGCUUCAGGAUCCCCGCAUGAAAGUGCGCACUGCCACUGCGCAUUCGGAGACAACGAAUACGACCGAAAAAAGUGCAACGAUUUUCGACAAUGAAAAUAACAAAAUGACUCAUCAAACCGUAAGGCAAACGGUGACGAAUCAAAAGACUGCUCGUAUCACUGAGAUCUCAAUACGUCGUACACCCACUAAAGAAGAAUUGGCUGAGCUGUUAAUGACGUCUGGUCCCUUUCCGAAUUUCACCAAUCCUACAUCAUGGACCAAACAGGAGACUACGGUAACGCAAACAAAUGGCGGCACACAGACUUCCUUUCUACAACAGCAAAAAAUGAAAUUCCAACAGACGACUGGCACAACGAUGGGGUCUGGUGCGUCGUGGAGAGAUUUCACCAGCAGUAAGCCUACAACAACAACGUUAAACGUUCAUGUCGACAACUAUGCGCCACAGUCAAUGCUUAGGGCGCUGCCAGCGCUUCCCAGCUCAAUGCCACCGACUGGGUCAUCAUUGAUUAAGCCCAUUCGCAGUACAACAACAAGCGUAUCUCCUCUUGUAAAUAGCUAUAGUCGCAGUACAACAACAACAAGUGCCUCUCCUCUUGCAAAUAGUUACAGUCGCAGUCAAAGUGGUAGCGGAAGUAAGUUGGCCAUCUCGAAAAUAGGUACGAGCUCGAGUGACACUAGUAUUGCAAGCAAAAGAGCAGCAUUUUUUAAUACCAAUAAACCAGCAAGAACAACAACCUCAACAUUUUCUAAUGCCAAACCAGCAACAACAAUAACUCCAGCUCCAACUUAUGUCUCACCUUAUGGCAAUAGCGCAUAUAGGCCACGUGACGCGAUUAGUUACACCAAACCCACAACCACCGCCAGUUCUAUGUAUCUCUCACCAAUUUUGAACAGCACAAAACCGCUAGCAACAAAGCCUUUAUCGCAAAGCAGCAGCUAUACGCCAGCGAUCAAGCCCCCGACGCAAACGUUGUCGCUGCCACAAAAGUCACUUAGUACCAGUGCAGUCCAAGUCAAGUCUAAUCUAAAGCCGGGUUACGCUGUGAUUUUCAAUACCGUGGACUUUGCGGAUAAGACGCGUUUUGACAAGCGCGAUGGCAGCGAUUUUGAUGCGAAACUCAUAAAGGAAACAUUGCUGAAGUACAAAUUGAAUGUGGACACUAAAAAGAAUCCUACAGUCAACAAUAUCAAGGAUACUAUUAGGAAAUUGACAACAAAGAAUUUCAAAAAUUAUUCUUGCCUGGUAAUCGUUAUACUAAGCCAUGGCAGUGCAAAUGAUUCGAUUGCAGCCACCGAUGGCGUAUACAAUUUGAACGAAGCCAUACUCUAUCCAAUACUAGAUAUACCAACGCUGAAGGACAAGCCGAAAAUAUUCAUUAUACAAGCCUGUAAAGGUGACCUGGUACCGGGUGAAUAUAAGACAGAUGCUUAUACGACACGCGGACCGCCAACUGAAAUAUUGAAAUGUUACAGUACUUUUGAAGGUUAUGUGUCGUACCGCACCGACUCCGGCAGCCCAUUCGUACAAGCCUUAUGCGAUGAAAUUAAGUUUAAAGGAGAUAGUACCAACAUUGAGCAGCUCAUGAAGAAUGCCAUAGCAACUGUGAAGACUAAAACAGGUUCAAAACAAGUGCCAAGCAUGACUACUACCCUCACAAAGCCCUUUGUGUUUGGAGAUUAUGUAUAAAUUACUGUUACUAACUUUAAAAUUUUGACUGCUGGCGACAAUGUCUUACCAAUAAUUUAUAAUAAAUAAUAUUGUUCAAUAUAACUUCAUUUAUACUUAUAAACAAUUUAUACGUAAAAAUAUAAAAUAGCAAAUUCAUAUAUUAGAUUAAUAAAGUCAAUUGAGAUUACA